AUGACACGAUAUCCACAACGAACCAGAGCAGAGCUUGCAGGAGAAGCUCAGACGACAGACGGCCCUCCGAGUCCGUGUGCACCUGCGACACAAUACCAACAUUUCAUUCCACGGUUCAUAUUGCGAAGAUUCCAAGUCAGACCUGUGAAGUCCAAAACAGAACGACAAAAAGAAUUUCAACACACCGGUGUUCACUACUAUGACGUUGCUACAGGUAGUCUUGACGUUCGUCCUAUUGGAAAGGUUUAUGGCCUGGAGAAUGCCUACCAGGACGUCCGCAACACUGAUGAUAUCAACGAACUAGAGAAGAAAUUAGCGGUCCUCGAAGGUCAGGCAGCCUGCAUUAUCAAGCACUUGCAUGAAGCGCUUUCUCAGGGUACUUUGACUCUGAAGCGGAGGUCGCUAGAGGACCUGCGGAAGUUCCUAUUUAUCAUGCAUUAUCGCAAUGUAUCGUGCUCCGACAUCUACUUUCAAGCGGAUCACCCGGAGAACGCAAGGAGCCGUCGGUGGAUUGAGUCCUUCAUGCAGGCGAAGGGUCUUCAUUCUGCUGCCGAAAUAUGGCUAUACUUCCUCAGAUACUAUCUGGAUACAUCUCAUUCAAACAUCAUGCGAGAUGCUGCAGAACUCGUAGAGAAGUACGGCGAAGGUGGUCUUCAAAGAAUGAUGAUUGAAUCGCAUAUCCCACCUGAUCUCGAACACUUCCCAGCUUACACUUACUACGUUCAGGCGAAUAGCUACUUUCUCAGUAUCUGGGAAGCCGCAGAGGGAGAAGAAUUCAUCAUCACAUCCCACGCAUUUGGUUUAUGGGAAGGUUUGGGAUUUGGCUUCCCUGGCCUGCACUGCAUAUUCAUAGUCAGCCCUCGCAUUGCUAUCGUCCUGCGUCAUGUGCUAUCGCGUCCAGAAUUGAAAGAACAUAUGAAGCCUGGUGCCUUCGUGAGCUCCUUACUCCACGUGAAUCCAGCACCGCCAACUCCCAUUUACACCUGUGGAGAACACGGUACACAUAUCGACCAAGUAAAUUUCCAAUCUGCGAUGGCACUUGCACGUUACAGAUCCUCCAAGAAAGGGGAGCAUGACAGUUUUGUGUUCAAGAUCACAAAGCUGUCACGAUCCCAAACUUUGGAAUUCAAUUCCGUUCUAUUGGUGAACGUGACGAAGACAGGCUCCUUGACCUUCCUGUCAAGGGGGAGUAUGCUUCGC